AUGCCACCCAGCUCGAACCCCGGUUCAGUUCCCAUCGAGCCUGAUGAUGCCUCUGAUGCGGAAUCAAGAUACGCCGAGUCUGAUGCCAGUUACACCACAAGUGUGACGUCGAGCGCAUUGAAUUACCAAUACGAAAACGGUCGCAGAUAUCAUUCAUAUCAUGAAGGAGAAUACAUUCUGGUGUGUGAACCUACAAUCUCUGAUUCCAAUCCGAAACUAAUUUUCAAGCCAAAUGAUGAACAAGAGCAAGACCGCCUCGAUUUGAGUCAUCACAUUUAUCUCAUGCUUCUUAAAGGAGAAUUGUAUUCAGCACCCAUCAAAGACCCGAAGAGAGUACUGGACCUCGGGACAGGGACAGGUCUAUGGGCAAUUGAAUACGCCGAUUUGAAUCCAAAAUCACAAGUGAUCGGAAUUGACCUAAGCGCCAUCCAGCCCUCAUGGGUUCCUCCAAACUGCCGCUUCGAAAUCGACGACUUCGAACAGCCAUGGUCAUACAGCAAACCAUUUGACUAUAUCCACGGCCGCGAGCUGGAAGGAUCAAUCCGAGACCACGACCGUCUCUUCCAGCAAGCACUCGAAAACCUGAACCCAAACGGCUGGUUCGAACUCGCCACCAUAGAUGUUACCACACACUCGGACGAUGGCACUCACCUCCGGGCGACGAACUUUCUUCUAGCCAUCAAGCACAUGCACGAAUCAUCACGAAUCUUCGGUAAAGACAUGACGUCCUCGCCGUCAUGGAAAGCACGGAUGGAGAAGGCCGGGUUUGCCAAUGUCAGAGAAGAUACUUACAAGCUGCCCCAAAGCCCAUGGCCCAAGGACCCCAAACUCAAGGAACUUGGCCGAUACCAUCAGAUCAACAUGCUCGAGGCUAUGCCUACGUACACAUAUGCGCUCUUCACGCGAAUGCUUGGCUGGACGCGCGCUGAGAUCGAGGGACUGUUGGCGGGGAUUCGGAAAGAGUUGCGGGAUACUUCACACCAUGUGUAUACCAAAUUGCGUGUUGUUUACGGUCAGAAACCUGGGGUGGAGGUGGAGGCUAAGCCGACGUGA